UUGAAUUAAAUUAAAGUUAACAAGAAUGUAAUAAAAUAGAAUAAAAAUAGAGAAAGAUUCUUUAAGGAUCUUUGAUUUAAAAACCCCGCCGAAGAUUAUACUGAAGAACAAGUCUAUGAACCAAAGUAUGCAAUGCACACUAAUGAUACCGAACAUAACCUAUUAAUAACAACUCUGAUUUGACACAUUCUAGUGGCAUAUGGUUGUGAAAUCAAAAUGGUUUUUUUGGAAAAUGAUAUGUUUUUAGUGGAGCUCACAAGGUUAUUUGAAAAAUCAAGACUAUCUGGUUCUGUAACUUUAACUAUUAAAAGGUUUAAUGGACAUAAUAAACCAGUACCUAGAAAAGGAAGACCACCGUUAUCAACACCAAGUGAAUUUCUUUGCCUUGUUCGAGCUGCUUUUCGCAGCAAGAAAAUCUCAACCGUUAUACAUUCCAAAGACGUUAAUAAAUUCCAGCAAGCAUAUUGGAAUCUUUUAAAAACAAAUAUAAAUGGCCUUAAAAAAUUAAAAAAAGUCAAAUCAGCCAAACCUAAAGCUCAUUAAAAUAAUCAAUUGAAAAAGACUUUAUACAUUCAUUAACUCUAUUAUAACAAUUUUCCUAGCAAUAUAAAUAUACAAGUUUUUUUAAUGUAUAGCUAAUAAUAAGAAAA